CGCAAGUAGACCAAUGAAGAAGAAUUACAAAGGAAAACAGUUGUGUGAAACGGGAUACAGUACGAACUGCACUCUAAACGGGUAGGUGAGCGUUGGGAUGACAGAAAGCAGUAGACUAAAGUGACAGCACAUGCAAAGUUGAAAACACUGUGAAAAGGUGGAGUGUAGUGAAAGGAUCGCUUUAGAGAGAGAGAGAGAGAGAGAGGUAGCCGACCUACAACCUACAGCCUACGUUUUAAAGCAUCACAGCUGGACCGAGGAUCGAAUCUCAAGGCACUCAGCCCCCGACGGACACGGACGAGGCAGUGCGGAGCAGGCCCCAGUGAUGUCGUGGCAUGUGGGUCCUGGUGGCAGGAUGACAGGAGUCAAACUCCUCCUUACCUUCUUCAUCCUCCAAUCUGUCUGCGAAGCCUCAAACCAGCCUCCGCGCUUCACCAACUACUUCUUCCAGUCCUACCUGCUCAUCUACGAGAACACGGCAGUGGGUACAUCGGUGACCCAGCUGAGGGCAGAGGAUGCUGAUGGGGAGCCCCUCAUCUAUGGCGUGGUGGGGGAGGAGGCCAUGAGGUACUUUGCUGUGGAGAGAGACACGGGGGUGGUGUGGCUCCGACAGCCUCUGGACCGCGAGACCAAGUCAGAGAUGCAGGUGGAGUUCUCCGUGAGUGACAGCCAAGGGGUGGUCAAAGAUACGGUGAACAUCCAGAUAGGAGAUGUAAAUGACAACUCUCCAACCUUCCAUGGCCAGCCCUACACUGUGUUCAUCCCAGAGAAUAUUCCAGUUGGCACGUCUGUGUUCAUGGUGAAUGCUACGGACCCGGACCAGGGCACAGGAGGCAGCAUCCUCUUCUCCUUCCAGCCCCCCUCUCCCUUCUUCGCCAUUGAUGGUGCGCGUGGGACCAUAACAGUCACCAGGGCCCUGGACUAUGAGACUACCUCCGCCUACCAGCUCACCGUCAAUGCCACGGACCAGGACAAGAGGAGGCCCCUGUCCAGUCUGUCCAACCUGGCUAUUACCAUCACUGAUGUCCAGGAUAUGAACCCCAUCUUCACCAACCUGCCCUACAGCACCAACAUCCAGGAGGACAUGCCUCCAGGUUACGAGGUGCGGAAGAUCAGAGCCAUUGACCAGGACUUGGGCCGACCGAGGGGCAUCGGCUACACCAUCCUCUCAGGAAACACCAACAGCAUGUUUGCCCUGGACUACAUCAGUGGUUCUUUGACGGUGCAAGGCCAGCUGGACAGAGAGAACCCCCUCUACUCUGCUGGAUUCACCCUCACUGUCAAGGGGACAGAGCUGAACGAUGACCGGACACCGUCAGAUGCCUCCGUGAUGACCAGCUUCACCAUCCUAUUGAUCGACAAGAACGACAACGCACCCACCUUCAACAGCUCUGAGUACCGCGUACGCAUUACAGAGCUGGCCCAGGUGGGCUUCGCCCUGCCCCUCUUUAUCCAAGCCGAGGACAAAGACGAGGGAGUGAACAGCAUGUUCCAGGUCUAUCUGACAGGGAACAACUCGCAGCACUUCACCAUCUCGCCCACAGCAGUGCAGGGUCGGGCAGACAUCAGGAUGAGGGUGGCCGUGCCUCUGGACUAUGAGACCAUCCGCAGCUACAGCUUCUCUCUCUUUGCCAACGAGUCCAUGGCGGACCAUGUUGGCUUCGCCCGUGUCUUCAUCGACCUGAUCAAUGAGAACGACAACCGGCCUAUCUUCAGCCAAGCCCUGUACAACAUCAGCAUGCCGGAGAACACCCCCACCGGGACCUCACUGCUACGCAUCCUGGCUGCAGAUGGUGAUGUUGGCCCGUUUGGGGUUGUGAGCUAUUUCUUCAGUGAUGACCCCGACCAGUUCUCAUUGGACGCUGUGACAGGCUGGGUGACUUUGAAAUACAGCCUGGACUAUGAGCUGAUGCGACGCUUUACGCUGACGGUUCUGGCAAGGGAUGGCGGUGGGGAGGAGACCACGGGCAGGCUGAGGGUCAACGUGCUGGACAUCAACGACAACCCGCCCAUCUUCCAGAAGGAGGUGUACGUGGGCUCACUGAGGGAGAACGAGCAGACCGCGCAGCAGGUGGCCAGAGUCAGAGCAACGGAUGAGGACUCUCCUCCCAACAACUUCCUCAUCUACACCAUCACGUCAGCAUCAGCCUUCCGCAGUUACUUCAGCAUUAUUAUGGUGGAGGGCUACGCUGUGAUCAUUGCAAACAGUCCUCUGGACUAUGAAAAGGUCCCAGAGGGAAUCAUCUACCUGACGGUGAUGGCCAGAGACGGCGGGAACCCGUCUCUCAACAGUAGCGUCUCUGUCACCAUUGAGAUGUUUGAUGAAAAUGAUAACCCCCCUACUUUCAGCCAGCAGUCCUACAUCGUCAAAAUCUCAGAGAAUAUUAUUGCAGGGGCCACGGUGGUGUUUGUGAAUGCCACAGAUUUAGAUGCCUCACGGGAAUUUGGACAGGCUUCACUCAUCUACUCCCUGGAGGGCUCCUCCCAGUUCCGCCUCAAUGCACGCUCAGGAGAGAUCACCACAACAGCCUUGCUUGACAAAGAGGUGAAGUCAGAGUACAUCCUCAUUGUCAGGGCUGUAGAUGGAGGGGUGGGGCCACUACAGAAGACAGGCAUUGCCACGGUGAACAUCACCCUCCUGGAUAUCAAUGACAACGCCCCCGUCUGGGUGGACGAGCCGUACGAUGCCAAUGUGGUGGAGAUGAGCCCCGUCAAUACCGACGUCAUUUCGGUGCUGGCUGUGGAUACAGACAGUGGGGAAAAUGGCACAGUGGUGUACAGCAUCAGCCCUCCCAACCCGUUCUACACCAUCAGCAACCGGACUGGGAAGAUCCGGACAAGUGGAGCUGUGCUGGACCGGGAGAGCACCAACCCCAAGGAUGCCCUGCUCAUGAGGACCAUCAUCAUCUCAGCCACCGACCUGGGCAGGCCACCACUGCAUUCCUCAGUCAGCACCACAGUCUACGUCAACCUGCUUGACCUCAAUGACAACGAUCCCACCUUUGUCAACCUGCCCUUCACUGCUGAGGUGCCAGAGGGCAUCCCCAUUGGAUCCUCUAUCUUCAGGGUUCAGGUGGACGACCCUGACGAGGGCGGUAACGGUCUGGUUACCAUGGCACUACAGGUGGGCAUGCCCCGUCUUGACUUCUAUCUGAACACCUCCACCGGCGUGCUAGUCUCCACAACAACAUUGGAUCGCGAGAAGAUAGGCCUGUACAUGCUGAGGAUUGUGGCGUACGACGCGGGGAAGUUCCCUCGCACCUCCACCAGUACCCUCACCAUCACAAUCCUGGAUGUGAACGACGAGACGCCCACCUUCUUCCCAAGGGUGUACAAUGUAUCUCUGCAGGAGAGCGUGCCCAGAGACUAUGUGGUGGCACGCCUCAACUGCUCCGACAAUGAUGCCGGCCUCAACGCCGAGCUCAGUUACUUUAUCACAGACGGUAACCAGGAUGGUAAAUUCAGCGUGACCUUCAGAGGGGGAGUGUUGCGAACCGUGGUGGCGCUGGACAGAGAGACCCAGGCUGCCUACACACUGGUCAUCGAAGCUAUAGACAAUGGACCAGCAGGCAGCAGGAAGACCGGUACGGCCAUGGUGUAUGUAGAGGUCCUGGAUGUGAACGACAACAGGCCUAUUUUCCUACAGAACAGCUAUGAGACCAGCAUACUGGAGACUGUGGCCCAAGGGACCAGCAUCCUGCAGGUGCAGGCCACAGAUGCAGACCAGGGAGAUAAUGGCAGGGUUCUCUACAGGAUCCUUUCCGGCAACAGCAACAGUCAGUUCAGCAUCAACCAGCUGACAGGCAUGAUAACACGGGGCCUCAGGAACCUGGACAGAGAGACUAGCAGCUCCCAUGUGCUGGAGUUGGAGGCCUACAACAGUGACCAGGGCCCCAUGAGGAGCUCAGUGCGGGUGAUUGUGUAUGUGGAGGAUGCCAAUGACGAGGUGCCCGUGUUCACCCAGCAGCAGUACAAUCGUCUGGGCCUCCGAGAGACAGCGGGCAUUGGAACCUCAGUCAUUGUGGUGCGGGCUACAGACCCCGACACUGGUGACGGAGGUGCGGUGUCAUACGCCCUGGUGUCCGGUUCGGACCGUAAAUUUCAGGUGGACACAAGCACUGGGCUGCUGACCACGUUGGACUACCUGGAUUACGAGACCAAGACCAGCUACCUGAUGAACGUGUCGGCCAUCGAUCAAGCCCCACCCUUUCACCGAGGCUACUGCACCGUGUACGUGACGCUGCUCAAUGAGCUGGACGAGGCCGUUGCCUUCUUCUCCGCUGGCUACGAGGUCUCACUGCGUGAGAACAUCGCCACAGGAACCGAGUUGGUGCAGGUGCAGGCACAGUCAGCCGACAACCUGAACCAGCUGACCUACCGCUUUGACCCUGACACUUCGCCAGCUGCCCUGGCGCUAUUCAAGAUUGACAGUGUCACUGGUCGUAUCACAGUGACAGGCUUGCUGGACAGAGAGAAGGGGGAUCUCUACACCCUGACAGUGGUGGCUGAUGACGGAGGACCCAAGAAGGACUCCACUGUGGUGUCCAUCACCAUACUGGAUGAGAAUGAUAACAGUCCAGAGUUUGACAUCACAUCUGAUACGUCGGUUGGCAUCCUAGAGAACACGCCCAUCGGGAAUAAAGUGGCGGUGGUUCUGGGGCGGGACAAGGAUGCAGGGAACAACGGAAUGGUGAACUUUUCUCUGGUGGCAGGCAACAUGCAGGAUGUGUUUGAGAUCCGAACAGUGAACCAUACCUACGGAGAGAUCUACGUCAACUCUGCUCUGGACAGAGAGACUGUGGACCGCUAUCUACUCAAGGUGCGAGCGACGGACAGUGGCUCCCCUCCGCGUUUCUCAGACCGCUCUCUCACCAUCAACAUCCUGGAUGUCAACGACAAUACACCCAUCAUUGAAAACCAGCGGGGCUAUAAUGUCAGCGUCAACGAAAACGUAGGUGGCGGUACAUCUGUCCUGCGCGUGGUGGCGAUAGACCGUGACAUCGGCCCCAACGCCAUGCUCUUCUAUUACAUCACCUCGGGUAACCAGGACCUCACGUUCCGCAUGGACCGCAUGACUGGAGAGAUGGUUACACGACCCUCCCCGCCCGACCGUGAGCGCCAGCAGGAGUACCGGCUAACUGUCAGUGUGGAGGACGACGGCACGCCGCCACUAUCAUCAUCCACAACCAUAUACGUGCGCAUUGUGGAUGAGAACGACAAUGCCCCCAUGUUCCCGGAGGAGGAGUAUGUCACCAUCCUGAGCGAGGGGCCUCUCACCGUGGGGGCCACUAUUGCUACGGUAACGGCUAUUGACCCGGAUGAGGGCCUCAACGGCACCCUGCGAUACGCCAUUGCCCAGGGCAACCUGGAUCAGACCUUCCACAUCAAUAACAUCACUGGACGGAUUGUGGUUGUAAAGGAGCUGGACUAUGAGAUCAGCCAUGGAAGUUAUGCCCUUGUUGUCACAGCAACGGACCAGUGUCCAAUCCCUGCCCUCCGCCUGACCUCCACCACCACGGUGCUGGUGAAUGUCCUGGAUGUGAAUGACGUGACACCCACCUUCCCCAAAGCCUACGAGGGGCCAUAUGAGGUGACGGAGGGCCAGCCCGGGCCCCGUGUAUGGACCCUGAAAGCCACCGACGGAGACUCUGGACUCAAUGGGAAAGUCGAGUAUAGCAUUACUGCUGGAGACCCCCAGAAUGAGUUCAUGGUGUCUCCGGUGGAAGGAGAGCUGCGUGUGAGGAGAGACGUGGAGUUGGACAGAGAGACAACGGCCUUCUACAACAUAACUGUCACAGCCCGUGACCUGGGCACACCCUCACGCAGCAGCACGGUGGUGGUGGGGGUCCUAGUGUUGGACAUCAAUGACAAUGACCCAGUGCUGUUGAACCUGCCCAACAACACCAUUGUGAGUGAAGGGGCAGCCAUUUACACCUCUGUGGCCAAAGUCCAAGCCCAUGACUCAGACAGUGGACGGAACGCCCUGCUCACCUACAACAUCACCGCCGGCAACCUGGACGGAGCCUUCUACAUCAAUGACACUACAGGCAUGGUGCAAGUCAACAGGCCGCUGGACAGAGAAAGGGUGGCCAAAUACAUAUUGACUGUCACUGUCAAAGACAACCCUGAGAACCCACGCAUCGCUCGCAGGGACUCAGACCUGCUGGUGAUCACCAUUCUGGAUGAGAAUGACAACAGGCCUGUGUUCACCAAGACCAGCUACAGGGCAGAGAUCACAGAGAACUCCCCAGCAGGCAGCACCGUGACCGUGCUGAAUGGGCCAGUACUGGCAGAGGAUCGGGAUAUCGGACCCAAUGCCGUUGUCAAAUAUCGUAUGCUGGGUUCCAGACUGGACCUCUUCACAGUGGAUGCCAACACAGGUGAGGUGCAAGUGAGACUGGGGGCGCGGUUGGACCGCGAGGCUUUCCUGGAUCCCCGGGUGGAGUUUUUCCUGGUUGCAGAGGAUGUGGGCGGGCUCAACAGCAGCGUGCCCCUUACUGUCAACAUCCUGGACUUGAAUGACAACCCCCCGAUCUUUAACCCCUCCAGCCUUACCGUACAUCUCCCAGAAAACAGCCCUACAGGUGUGGUGGUGACUCAGCUGUCGGCCAGUGAUGCUGACUCAGGCUCUAACGGCUGGCUGUUCUACCGACUGGACAGUGGUGCCCAGGACCGCUUCAUAGUUGACUCUCUCUCAGGCACCGUCCUUGUGGGCAACGCCACCCUCGACCGUGAGGAGCGCAGCUCCUACCGCCUGGUUGUCAUAGCAACAGACCGAGGCACACCCUCUCUGUCGGGCACGGCCACUCUGUCCGUUGUUCUGGACGACGUCAAUGACUCGCGGCCACGUUUCCUGGAGCCGGUGACCACCAUCAACGUUAACGAGUCUACACCGCCGGGCAUGGUGGUGGCAACGCUCACUGCCACUGACCCCGACCUCCGACCCCGACUGGAGUAUUACAUUAUCUCGGUGGAAGCAAAGGAUGAUGGGAAUAACCCUGUGGGUGGUCUGCAGGAGUCCUUUGGCAUCGACUUCCACACCGGUGCCGUAUUUGUGCGUAACCCACUAAACAGAGAGCUGGUUGCCACCUUUGAGAUCAUCGUUUCAGUUCAUGACAAUGCCAGUGAUGUCAUCGAUAUGUCAGUCAGUGUGCCUAAUGCGAGGCUGACCGUGAACAUACUAGAUGUGAACGACAACGCCCCAAGGUUCCGCCCUUUCGGGGUGACCAACUUUUCAGAGAGCAUUCUGGAAGGGGCCCAGCCCGGUACCACCCUGCUGUCUGUGUCUGCCGUGGACCCAGACAAGGGCCCCAAUGGCCAGAUCAUCUACCAGCUACUGCACCUGCCCCGAGGGGACUACAUCAGGCUGGAGGACCCAUCCACUGGUAAGAUUGUGGCCAACCGGACUGUGGACUUUGAGCAGGUCCAGUGGCUGAACUUCACAGUGCGAGCUACAGAUCACGGCAGCCCACCUAGGUUUGUUGAGCUCCCCGUCUACCUGAGGAUAGUGGACGUCAACGACAACAAUCCAGUCUUCAAACAGCCCUCGUACCAGAAGCCUGUGUUUGAGAAUGUGGACCUGGGUACCAUAAUAGUGAGAGUGAGUGCCUCAGAUGCAGACUCUGGGCUCUUCUCUGUCAUUGAGUACAGCCUUGUGGAUGGAGAGGGCAAGUUUGGCAUAACUCCUUCCACUGGAGACAUCUAUAUCCUUUCACCACUGGACAGAGAAACUAAGGACCACUACACCCUGACAGCCAUUGCCAGGGACAACCCUGGAGGAAGCCCCAACAACAGACGGGAAAACUCAGUGCAGGUUCUGGUGACGGUCAUGGACGUGAAUGAUUUCCGACCUCGGUUCUCCAAGGCAGUCUUCAGCACCAGCGUGUUUGAGAACGAGCCCAGCGGAACGUCAGUCAUUACUCUGAGCGCCACAGACCUGGAUGAGGGAGAGAAUGGCCUGCUCACCUACAGUCUGCAGGGGCCUGGCGCCGACGCGUUCUCUCUGGACCCAGAUUCAGGCCUGGUGCGCUCCCUGCGUCUGCUGCAAUCGUUUGAGCGUUUUAACCUGACCAUGGUGGCGACUGACCACGGCCUCCCCCCUCUCUGGGGCACUGCCGCUCUCCACAUCAUUGUCAUCGAUGUCAAUGACAACAGACCAGUCUUCGUCAGGCCCACCAAUGGCACCAUCAUGCACAUCAUGGAGGAACAGCCCCCAGGCCUGCUGGUGUACGAGGUGUUUGCUACAGAUGGCGAUGAGGGUGUAAAUGGUGAGGUGCGCUACGCCUUCCUGCAGACCGGGGCUGGGAACCGGGACUGGGAGAACUUCCACAUCGAUGCUCUGACUGGGGUCAUCACCACUGCUGUCAAGCUGGACCGUGAGAAACAGCCCUUGCACAGUCUGAUUGUGGUAGCCUAUGACCUCGGCCAGCCUGUGCCUUAUGAGACCACGCAGCCUCUGCAGGUGGCGCUGUUGGACAUUGAUGACAACGAGCCUGUGUUCCUCAAACCCCCGAGAGGCAGUUUGCCAUACCAGACGUUGUCGGUUCCAGAGCACUCGUCUCCAGGCACUGUGGUGGGUAACGUGACUGGGGCUAUGGACGCAGACGAGGGCUCCAACGCUAUAGUCUACUACUUUAUAGCAGGGGGCGACAGCAAUAGUAACUUCGGUUUGAGUCCAGGAGGAGUUCUGAGGGUGAAGAAGGACCUGGACCGUGAGUACAUCCCCGUCUACUCCAUCAUAAUCAAAGCCUCAAGCAACAAGAACUGGGGGCCAACCCGGGCUCAGAGAUCAUCUAGGGUGGGAGCACUUGACCCUUCCCACGACCCGACCUUGCAGGAGGUCAGGAUCUACCUGGAGGACAUCAAUGACCAGCCACCGCGCUUCACCAAGCUGGAGUACACUGCAGGUGUGGCAGCAGAUGCCAAGGUGGGCUCAGACCUGAUAAAGCUGGAUGCCAUAGACAAUGACAUUGGUAACAACAGCCUGGUGUUAUACCAUAUCCUGUCCAUACGCUACAUCAAGCUCCUGUCCAACGACACAGAGGACAUUGGGAACGUCUUCAUCAUCGGUGAGACAGAUGGUAUAAUUCGGACAUUUGACCUGUUCACGGCCUACGCCCCUGGCUACUUUGUGGUGGAGGUGUUGGCGCGUGACCUGGCAGGUCAUAGCGACAUUGCGAUGGUAGGUAUUUACAUCUUGCGGGAUGACCAGCGCGUCAAGAUCGUCAUCAACGAGAUCCCAGAGAGGGUCCGCCUCUUCCAGGAAGAGUUCAUCAACCUGCUGGCCAACAUCACCGGGGCCAUUGUCAAUACAGAUGACGUACAGUUCCAUGUGGACAAGAAGGGCAGAGUGAACUUUUCCCAGACAGAUGUGCUCAUCCAUGUGGUCAACAAGCAGACCAACCGUAUCCUGGACGUGGAGAGGGUGAUCCAAAUGAUUGAUGAGAACAAGGAGCAGCUGAGGAACCUUUUCAGAAACUACAAUAUUCUGGAUGUCCAGCCUGCUGUCAGUGGGAAAGCUCCCGAUGACCUCACUACAUUGCAGAUGGCCAUCAUCAUCUUAGCUGUGUUGCUCUUCUUGGCAGCCAUGCUCUUCAUCUUCACCAACUGGUACUAUCGUACUGUGCACAAGAGGAAGCUAAAAGCCAUCGUGGCAGGAUCUACAGGAAACCAGGGACUUAUGGACAUCCUGGAUAUGCCCAACACAAACAAAUACUCAUUUGAGGGGGCUAACCCGGUGUGGCUCGAUCCGUUCUGCCGGAACUUGGAGCUAGCCGCCCAAGCGGACCACGAGGAUGACCUUCCAGAGAACCUGAGUGAGAUCACUGACCUAUGGAACAGCCCUGCACGCACCCACGGCACAUUUGGCCGGGAGCCGCAGGCAACCAAGCCUGAAGACGACCGCUACCUGAGGGCAGCCAUCCAGGAGUACGACAACAUCGCCAAGCUGGGCCAGAUCAUGAGGGACGGGCCCAUUAAGGGCUCACUGCUCAAGGUGGUCCUGGACGACUACCUGAGGCUCAAAAAGCUCUUUGCAGCCAGGCUGGUCACCAAGUCUACCAGUCAGGGAGACCACUCGUCAAUCACAGAGCUGAUCCAGAGUGACCUGGACGAUGACGAGGACGAGCGUCUGGGCAUGGGUGGUGGCCGCGGCACGUUGCGCUUCAAACACAAGCUCCCUGUGGAGCUGCGGGGUCCGGAUGGCGUGCACGUGGUCCAUGGCAGCACAGGCACGCUCCUGACCUCUGACCUCAACAGCCUGCCAGAGGAUGACCAGCGGGCCCUUGCGCGUUCUUUGGAGGCGCUAAACGGGGAUGGGGGCCUGUACGCCGAGCGCAACGCCCGCACAGAGUCAGCAAAGUCAACGCCACUCCACCGCAAAAAGGGUAGCGACACGCUGACCGAGAACCCCCUGGAGGUCACUGAGUUAUGACUAGCCGAGGCCUCGCUAGUCUGAGCAGAGCCGGGGUGCGUGUCCUUCUAGAUCCCCCUCCCAGCCAGGAGAGGAGGCAGUGGGAAGUGUGUGCAGUCUGAAAGACUUCCAGAGCCAAUCUGGACACCAUCUGGCAGUGAAGAGUCUACAAGCUAACACACUGGACAGGGUUUUACUUGGUGGACUGAAUACAAUACAUUAAAUAAAUCUAAUCAGUUGGAAUUUAAAGUUUUAUUAGUGGAUCAUGGUGACAAGUACACAAUGGCCCUGUCUUGUUUAUGCUGUUUGAGGACACUUAUUGAGAGACAUCCAGAUAUCCAGGUGGAGAGAUCCCAAGCCCCCCCUCACCUUUCUGUACGACAGAGAGAUGAGGGAAUUCUGGAUCUUGUGAGUUGUGUUCUUUGUUCUCUCUCAUUUGGAGUUUCACUUAGACUGCAUACACUCACACGCACCCGAAAACGUCAGACCGGCGAAUGGCCACUAACUGGACUAUAGGAAAAUAUUAAAUUCAGUGUUUGUGGGGGGGGUGGGGGGGUGGGGUGUAUUGUCUUUGAAAUCUUGAGUUCAGUGGUCAAAAAAAAGAAAACAUUGACUGAAUGUCUCAAUGACUGAAGGUGAAGUAAAAAGAUCACUGGACAAGUCUCCUUCAUGAUCUUCGCAAACAAGAACUUAUAGCCUGUCUUAUAGAUGUGAUCAUCUAAAAAAGGCACUGGUGGAAUUGCUGGUGUUGUGCAGUGACUUAAGCCCUAUAGAGGCCACAUCAGUCUGCUCCUGGAGGCCAAGCACUCAAUCGCUUGGAGGGAACAGACCAAUCAGAGGAAGUGACCACUCACUGUUACUUGGAGAUCCUUCAGAGUAGGACUUUGUGCACGGAUGAGCUUCUGUCCCAAACACACCAGAGACCCAGUGCAACAACACUGUUUUUACUCUUAAAGGCAGGGUAGGUUAUGUUGUUGAGAAUCACUUUUUGUCAUAUUUGCUGAAAUAAACUGCGCAUCCUAAUAGCAACCAAUAAAUCUAAAGGUUUGACAGUAAAAUGAAAUCUGUCCGAUAUCUGUGGGCAUCGCAAGACUAAUAAACAUGAAUCAUUAAGGUCGGACUGGCACUACUGUUUGGACGACAUUCGGACCAAAUGCAAUUAUUGUGUAUCUACCUACCUCGGAAGUAGUCAGGCAGCGCGUUCAUGCGUUUUGGAGCAGUGGCUUUUAACCCUCGUGCUGCCUUCGGGUCACAUGACCCAAAGGUUCACAACGAACCAUCGUUGUGUUUACCCAAUUUCACCCAAUACAAAAACAAAUAAAAAUAAUUUUCUUUUAACCAUUGCAAUGUGGGGGGUCUGAGACAGCCCGACAGUUAAAAGAAAAUGCUUCACUUUGUUUUUGUAUGAGGUAAAUUUGUCGCAAUACGACAGUGGGUCACAAUGACUGAUGGGUCGGAAUGACCCGAAGAUAACACAAGGGUUAAGGGAAGGGAUGGGAUAUUUUGGUCUGAAUCCUUUCAAACUCAAUCUAAAACUGCUAGGUUCGCAAAACUAGCCUAUCCUGCCUUUAAGUCUUUACAGUUUAAGGGCAAUAUGUGAGACUUAUUGAUGUUGAAAAUAUGGUAGUGGUGAAAUGGUCCUCAAGUAAAUAAAUAAAAAACAAUAAAAAGGAGUAUGAUAGUAAAAAAUAUACAAGAUGGCAUUGUUCCCAUAACUUCAUACAUUGCCAUCUGAUAGAAAAAAGGUACGUGGGCGAAGCAAGCCACAGUUGCUUUAUUUUUUUAUUUCACUUUCAUGAGAAGAAAAAAUCAAAAGAAUAUGUAAUUCAGAGGAAGAAUAUUUUUGAAGAAAAAUGCUGACUUACCAAAAUAGGUAAAGAGCAAAUGGGUGUUUGGCGUAAGUGUACAUUUGUAGUGCUUUUUUCCUUUUGUAAUCAAUUGUUUUGGAAAUCUGAGUGUUGCAUAUUUUUAUAUUCUAUUUUGCAAGUUUUUAUUUUUGUCAUUAUUGUCACCAGGCUUGAGACACUUGUUGCAAAAUGUUGUUUGAUGAUCUGUGAUAAUAAAAUAUGCAACGGCC